AUGGCCAUGCAGAGUGCAGCCAGAGAGGAGACGGAGGUGGAGGAGGAGAGCUUUGGGCCUCAGCAGCUCAGUAGACUGGAGCAGUGUGGUAUCAGUGCGAGUGACGUUAAGAAACUGGAAGAGGCGGGGUUUCACACCGUUGAGGCUGUAGCCUAUGCCCCAAAGAAGGAGCUACUCAACAUUAAAGGCAUCAGUGAGGCUAAAGCUGAUAAAAUUCUGACUGAAGCAGCUAAACUGGUUCCAAUGGGUUUCACCACGGCAACAGAGUUCCAUCAGCGCAGAUCUGAGAUUAUCCAGAUCACAACUGGCUCAAAAGAGCUGGACAAACUGCUGCAGGGAGGGAUUGAAACUGGCUCCAUCACAGAGAUGUUCGGAGAGUUUCGCACAGGGAAGACCCAGUUAUGUCACACCCUCGCAGUCACCUGCCAGUUGCCAAUAGACCAGGGCGGCGGUGAGGGGAAGGCCAUGUAUAUUGACACAGAAGGGACCUUCCGGCCUGAGAGGCUCUUGGCUGUAGCUGAGAGGUAUGGCUUGGUGGGCAGUGACGUGCUGGAUAACGUGGCCUAUGCCAGGGCCUUUAACACUGAUCACCAGACCCAGCUGCUGUACCAGGCUUCAGCUAUGAUGGCCGAGUCACGGUAUGCUCUGCUGAUUGUGGACAGUGCCACUGCACUCUACAGGACUGAUUACUCAGGCAGAGGAGAACUCUCAGCUCGCCAGGGUCACCUGGGACGCUUCCUUCGCAUGCUGUUACGUCUUGCUGACGAGUUUGGAGUAGCUGUUGUCAUCACCAAUCAGGUGGUCGCACAGGUAGAUGGGGCGGCCAUGUUUUCUGCAGAUCCUAAGAAGCCGAUUGGUGGAAACAUCUUAGCACACGCUUCCACCACCAGGCUGUACCUGAGGAAAGGCAGAGGAGAGACCCGGAUCUGUAAGAUUUAUGACUCUCCCUGUUUACCUGAAGCAGAGGCCAUGUUUGCCAUUAAUGCAGAUGGAGUAGGAGACGCCAAAGACUGA